AAAUUAGGAUCAGGAAAUUGCAUAGCUAAAUCGAUGAGCACGAAGCCAAUAACAGAAACCUCUCUCUCUCAAAAAUACUCAUUUCGUUUCCCUCUGCAAAUACAAUGGUUUACGUCAAGGGUCCAGGCCUUUACUCCGACAUUGGCAAGAAAGCCAGAGAUCUUCUUUACAGGGAUUAUCAGGCUGAUCGGAAGUUCACUCUCAGUACUUUGACCUCAAAUGGGGUGGCCAUUACCUCGUCUGGGACGCAGAAGGGCGAUUUGUUCCUUGCUGAUAUUAGCACUCUUCUAAAGAAUAAGAACAUCACAACAGAUUUGAAAGUGGAUACCAGCUCCAAUGUGUUCACAACUGUUACUGUUGACGAGCCUGCUCCCGGUGUAAAGGCGAUCUUUAGCUUUGUUGCUCCAGAUCAGAAGUCUGGCAAGGUGGAGCUUCAAUAUCUACAUGAGUACGCUGGAAUCAGCACAAGCCUCGGGUUUACUGCCAAACCGACUGUCAACUUCUCUGGUGUGGCCGGGAAUCACCAGGCCACCGUUGGCGCAGACAUUUCUUUCAACACUGCUACUGGGAAUUUCACCAAAUUGAAUGGUGGGAUCAGUCUCAUCAGUACUGACCUCAUUGCAUCCUUGAUGGUGAACGACAAGGGCCAGAGUGUCACCGCAUCCUACUUCCACUUGGUCAGCCUGCUGACAAACACAACGGUGGGAGCGGAGUUUACCCACGGUUUCAAGAGCCACGAGAACACCCUUACCUUUGGGGCGCAUCACAUGAUGGAUCUUACGACUGCAGUGAAGGCUCGAGUGAACAACUACGGCAAGGUGAACGCGCUUCUGCAGCACGAGUGGCGCCCGAGAUCUCUCAUCACCAUCUCCGGCGAGGUCGACACCAGAGCUAUAGAGAAGAGUGCCAAGAUUGGGCUGGCUGUGGCUAUAAGACCAUGAGUAUUUCAGAGGUAAAUUGUUGGCCGCAGCUUAUAUUUUUUUGAGUAACACAGUGCUAGCAAUAAAGACUAUAUUUAUUGAUUAUAUGCUAAUAAUUCUUUUUGAAGUGA